UGUAAGUUUUUUUGGUACUAAUAUCUUGGGAAAGUUUAAUGGAAGUUGUCUACACAGGUCGAACUAAACUGCAAGAUGAAAUAUGCAGGGUGAAUGUGCAUGUAAACGAAGCAGAGAAGCUAAGGCAACUUGGUCCUCACAAAGUCGCAGAUGUCUACUGUAACAAAUGCAAGAAUCUACUGGGAUGGAAAUUUAUCGAAGUAUAUGAAGAGGAUCCAGUUGCAAGAAAAGACAUCGUUAUGUUGCAAAUGGGGAAGCUGCAGGAAAGGUAUGGAAAUCAAAUAGAAGAAGCAGUUGAACCUAGAGCAAAUGCAACAACGGGAGUGCCAGUAGUUAAGGAAAUAUAAACCUAUGGUAGAAGAUUCUAGCAAGGAGAUCUCUUGAAGAAAUCAAUUAACUUGUACAAGAGAAACUUUGAAUGCCCUUUACUUUGUAAUUUUACCAUAUUUUUCAUAAGCUUUUCACGUUUCUUUUAUUGCUAUAUGUACCCUGAUAUGGCACUGCAACAUCCCACACCUGAACAAGAAAAAACGAUUUAUACACUAGUUUAUUUUUGCCAAAAGGGAUCUAUACACUACUGACACAAUUCUGGGAAUAAUAUUGUUAUCGUUAUCAUGCUUCACGAUUGUAGCCUCUGAAUAAGGGCUCUUGUGCUG